AUGCUUUCUAAAAUAUUCAAAAAGCAAGCAACUAUUGUCUUUUUUGCAGUUCCCGGUAGAGGUAGCAGCCGUGAUUUGAUCUGCCGAACUUGGGGCCAGUACAACUAUGAAACAUUUGAUGGACUUUACUAUUAUUACCCUGGAAACUGCACAUACACAUUAGUGAGGGAUUGCACAUACAGUCAGCAGAGCUUCUCAAUUCAGGUUCACAAUGAUCCAACAUGCCAAUCUUCUCCAUAUUCUUGUCAGCGAUCAGUCAGCUUGUUCUUUGCCUAUGAAGGGGAAAUUAUUCUACAAAGUCAUGAAGUUAUCCAUAAUGGACAAAGGGUGCAGCUGCCAUAUAUUAUUGGAAAACUAAAAUUUGAACAAAUAGCUGGAUAUGUACUGGUUAGACAUCAUCAUGGAUUUUCUCUGGCAUGGGAUGGUAGUUCAGGAGUCUACAUAAAGAUGAACGUGGAUUAUGUCGGAAAAGUAUGUGGACUAUGUGGCAAUUUUAAUGGAAAUAUGCAUGAUGACUUAUACACUAGCUAUGGUUUAUUAGCAGAAGAAAUAGCUAUUUUUGGUAACAGCUGGAGAGAAGAAAUUCCAGAUAAGGAACAUUGUCGCAUAAUUCCUGUCAACUACCCAGCACCAUGUUUUGGUCAAAACCAAAGGUGUCCAUUUAAGUGUGUAAUAUUUAUUGACAAGGUAUUGCAAGUUGUCAUUACAGAACAGUACGGACUCGAUAACACAACAUUGUGUGCAGUGCUGACCGAGUAUGCAAGAGCUUGUGCGCAAGUGAAUCAACCAUUGCAUGAAUGGAGACAGUUGUUCAACCAGUGUGUGCCAGUUUGUGAAGAUGGGUUUGUCCACCGUGAAUGUGUAGAUUGUUGUCCCGUGUCAUGUGGCCUGGAGCAGGAAUGCAUUGACAGUGAUUUUCAGUGUCUUGAUGGAUGCUAUUGCCCUGAAGGUUUAGUUUAUGAAAAUGGAACAUGUUUGAACUCCACAGAGUGUCCUUGUACGUUUCAUGGGAUUCCCUAUACUUCAGGCUCUGUAAUUCAGAAACAAUGCAGCUACUGCGUAUGCAUAGGAGGCACUUGGAACUGUACAGAGAAUGACUGUCCAGCGGAGUGCUCAGUAACUGGAGAUAUUCACUUCAAGACAUUUGAUGAUCGGGCAUACACCUUCCAUGCUACGUGCCAGUAUAUUCUGGCAAAGAGUCGUAAUUCAGGAAAAUUUACCAUCAGUCUUCAAAAUUCUCAGUGUGGCACAAAUCUAAAUGGUGCCUGUAUUCAGUCAGUGAGUCUAGUUAUUGAUGAAGAUUUGAAGAAACAGGUGACGUUGACUCAUUCGGGCGAGGUGUACCAUUGUAAUCAGUACAGGAUCAGUUUGCCUUAUAAAGAUGAUUUGUUUGAAGUCACUGAGCUCAGCUCCAUGUUUGUGCAAAUUAAGACCAACUUUGGAUUGCAUUUGCAAUAUGAUAGAGAAGGGAGACGGCUCUACAUCCAGGUGGAUACAAGCUGGAAAGAGGAUACCAUUGGUCUCUGUGGAACAUUCAAUGGCAAUAUUCAGGAUGAUUUCUUAUCCCCAGGGGGAAUGAUUGAAAGCACACCACAGUUGUUUGCCAAUUCCUGGAGAAUCUCCACAGCUUGCAACUCAGGUGCCAACAUUCCUGAGGUAGAUCCAUGUGACAUGCAUCAGCAAUCUGCCUCUUAUGCCACAGAGAAGUGUAGCAUUAUGAGUGACUAUCUGUUUGCAUCAUGCCAUCAGUAUUUGAGUCCCGACUUAUAUCAACAACAAUGCAAAGCAGACACCUGCAAGUGUGGAGAAACUUGUAUGUGCUCCGCUGUGGCCCACUAUGCUCGUCAAUGUGGAAAAUAUGGCAUCUUCAUAGACUUUCGGUCCAAUGUCUCAGAGUGUGCCAUUCAGUGUCCAGACACAAUGAAAUAUGGCACCUGUGUAUCUUUCUGUAACCGGAGAUGCCAGUCGAUAUCUAUGCCAGAAGAUUGUUCUGAUGAAUGUGCUGAAGGAUGCGACUGCCCUGAUGAUUCCCAAUGUGGUCCUGGCCAAAUAUACUUUAACUGCAGUGCUCCUUUGAUUGGCUUUGAGACCAGUGUAGGAGCAGGGUGUCAAGAUACCUGUGAAAAUCUGCUCUUAAACAUUACAUGUCCAGAAUCCAUGCCGUGUCUGUCAGGAUGCAUUUGCCCACCUGGCCUUGUGAAACAUGAAGAUGAAUGCUUCAAGCCUAAUGAAUGUCCCUGUCUGUGGAAGGGACAGGAAUAUUUUCCUGGUGACCAAGUAAAAUCAGCCUGUUAUACCUGUGUUUGCCUGCAGGGGAGCUUCCAGUGCGAAUUCCAACCGUGUCCGUCAAUUUGUACAGCUUAUGGAGACCGCCAUUACAAAACUUUCGAUGGAGUUCUUUAUGAUUUUAUUAGUCCUUGCAAGGUUUACCUGGUUAAGAGUCUUGGAACCUCAAAUCUUUCUAUCAUGGCUGAAAAUAUUGAUUGCUAUGGGAGUGGCAUCAUUUGUCGAAAGGCUAUGUUUAUCACAACUGGAAAUACGUCAUUGGUUUUUGAUGAUGACAGUGGGAAUGCCAGUCCCUCUAGUGUCAACAACAUGCAGCAAAUAGUACACAUAUGGAAAGCUGGUACUUUUACUGUGAUUUAUUUCCCCGCGGAAGAAAUUACAAUACUGUGGGACCAAAGGACGACAAUACAUUUGCAGAUUGGACCUAAGUGGCAGGGUAAACUCUCUGGGCUAUGUGGAAAUUUUGACAUGAAAACUGCCAAUGAAUUGAGGACUCCAGAUCACAUGGAGUCACAAAAUCCACAAGAUUUUGGGAACAGUUGGACAGCUAUGGAGUGUGCGAGUCACCCUGAUAUCCGUAAUCCAUGCAGUAUGAACCCACUUCGGGAGCCAUUUGCAAAGAAGGAAUGUGGCAUAUUAUUGUCUGGGGUGUUCGAGCCCUGCCACCUGGUGGUUGAUGUCACCUGGUUUUAUGCCAACUGCUUGACAGAUACUUGUGCGUGUAAUCUUGGUGGAGAUUGUGAGUGCUUCUGCACUAGCGUGUUAGCAUAUUCUCACAUGUGUUGUCAACACGGAGUUGCAAUUGAUUGGAGAACGCCCACAAUUUGCCCCUACGAUUGUGAAUAUUACAAUAAAGCACUGGGAAAGGGCCCUUACUCAUUGGUCAGUUACUUGGAUGGCAACACAGUGGUGGCAGCCAAUUUGUCAAGUGGUGCUAUUUUUCUAGCUACAAGAGAAAUUUCCAUUCCAGGAAUAGUGACUCUUUUUAUGCUGACUCCAGGACUGUAUUCACCUAAGACACAUGAUGUAUCAUUAGUUUCCUUGGAAGUGGCUGACAAACCAAAUUACUUCCUUCAUACUGGACUUGAUGGAGUCCUGCUGCUCAGUAAAUGGGAAGACAACAAAACUUUUCAAAAAGAAGCAACAUUUAUAUUCCACAAAGAUGCAUGGGUUUUAGGAUAUGAUGCCUUUGAGUCUUACACAAGACAAGGAUUUUUUGUACAUCAAAUGGGCUCCUUGCUGCACCUGAUGAAAUACAAUCAUUCAGAGGGUUACAGAUAUGCUACUCUCUUCCAGCUUGCCGAUGCAAAGAUAUUGUCUCCAGCUCAUUCUACUUGUGAGUGGCAAUAUGAGACAUGCACCAACCCAUGCACCAGAACCUGUAGAGAUCCCACUGGCAACAUUUGUCAAACUCUACCAAGUGUGGAAGGCUGUGUACCUCACUGUCCACUCAAUAUGGUAUUUGAUGAAGAUACACAGAGAUGUGUAUAUCCAGAGGAUUGCAUUAGACUGGCAGUUUAUAUUCAGCCUCCUAAAUCCACAAGUGCACUGGCAUCACCUGGAAUAUCCACUUCUGCAACCUUUAAUGCUUCAGUCCAAACAUUGACAACACCUACCUUAAGCCAGUACACAGGUUCACUGGUGGCAACAAAGAGUUCAAAGACUACCGCUUCCAUUCCAACAAUAGAAACCCCUAUAGGGACUCAUCUGUCCAAAGUUCCAAUAGGGACAACUACAAUUUCUUCUCCAAUUCCAUUACUAACAGAAACAACCACCUUUGUACAAAAGACAACAUCAGUAACAUCACCUGCCACCGAACAAACCUUAGUGUCUAAAUUCACUAAAAGUACAACAUCACCCACUUCUGCACUCCCAGUUUCUUCAACAAGAGGAAUAACCACCUCAACAAUAGCUUUGCCUGAAAGAUCAACAUUAGAAGAAAUCACAACUGAAUUACCAGCAGAAUUACAUUCCUUGUCCACAUCAGUUGAACCAAAGCCUACUAAAAAUAUAACAACAACUUCAACGACUACUACAGGACUAUUAUCGUCAACAGCAUCUGAAACUAGAACAAAAUGGAGAACUACAAUUAAGACAAUUUCUGCUCAAACAGAACAAUUACCAAGGAAGACUUCCUCUUCCACAACGGUAGCAUCUCCAUCAGUAGAAACAAAGCCAAUGACACAGAAAACAUCUUUACUUCCACCUUCAAAAGUGACCAUGGCAUAUUCUACUUCAAAAGAACUGCAUUCCACUAUGCUUCCUCUCUUCACCAAGUUAAUAACAAAAAGCACGAGUUCUAGUUACCCACGCAUGACUUCCUUUUCUGCUGGAACAUUGUCCUUGACAACUGAAAAGAGCAAAUCAUCAACUGCAGGAGUCCUUAGAACAUCAGCAUCAACAGAAGCAAUGGUGCACCCAGCAUCUGAAAAAUCUACAACAAUAUCUUCUCCAACAUUACUUCCAAUAACAGAAAGAAAUGAAACAACCGCAAGAACUACCACAGAGCCUCUUUCUACAGAAAGGCCCACAACAUAUUCACUGAGCUCAAGAACGCCAUCAACAACAGUUCCAUCUAUGACCUCUCCAUCUUUAACUACUUUAUUUACAACCUCCAAACAAACUACCCCAACAUCUACAGCUAAGGUUUCUUCAACAUCAUCUACCAUAUUGUACUCAGAAACACCUGCCAAAGCAUCAACAUCUGUAAUAUAUCCAUUUACAACUAAAACAAGUACAUCAUUUUCUGUUGAUUCAUAUCAAUCAUUAUCUACAAAAGGACCAGAAACUAGUUCAACUGUCAAAAUAUUCAAACCUGUAACAACUCCACAGAGCACAGUAAUGACCUCCAGUUCAACAGCAGAAACACAUAUAACAAGUAAAUUAACUUCCCUACAACCAAUUAGUACACACAAAUCUACUUUCAGUACUUCCCCAGUUGAUCAAAGCGCAGCUCCAGUGGAUACUUCAUCUGUUCAGUUAACUACAUCUCCAACUACAACAGCUCCAACCUCUAUAAGAGUAUCUCCCAUUUCUAUUUCAACAUCUAAAACAACCACGGCAUCUGCAAGAACUCAACCUGGGACAACUACAAUGUUACCGACAUUGUUUAUAACAAAUACAACCUCAGAAACCCCCCAAGCAAAAACUGUUUCCGAACUCACAUCCAAAAUGACAACCAUUUCACAUGUUAAAAAUGUAACUGCAUCUGCUACACUACUUUCAGCAACUUCAACUACAGCUACCUCUAUACGCAAUCUCACUGAAAAAAUAACAUCUGGAACAGUGGAAGUAGGUGUAACUAGACCCACAGUUCUUCCGUCUAAAGCACCAUUAACAACAAAAACAUUAACGGCUACAGCAAAUGAAACAUCCAUUACAGGAUUAGUUGUUACAACAUCAGAAGGAGUUAGUAAGACAUCAGAAGUUUUUACUCCAACAGCAACUUCUGUUGGAACCACAAAUAUCACAGGAAAGACAGUAUCACCUCAUCAGCUUACAGGUAGCACAACACUUGUAUCUGCCCAUUUGAAUAGAACUGUUACCACUGAAAAAAAAGAAACCUCAGUCAAAGCCGUUCCUUCAACAACCCAACGUACAAUUACUACUACCUCAGAAUCAGUUUUGUAUACAUUACAUACUAAUGCCACUUUGUCUCCAAUUAUUGUUCCUCAUACAUCAACAUCUACAGUAGGCUCAACAAUGUUCUCAACAAGUGCUUACACAACAGCUUUGACCAUCCCCCCAACUAGUCAAUGUGUGAUUCCAUUUCCUCAGGAUCUAGAUGAGUGCAUCAAAAAUAUAUGUGUGGAAGGGCAAAUAAUGCAAAUCAAUAGAUCACAUGACUGCCCCUACAUUGUGACUCCACCCAGCUGUGAGCUUCUUGGAUUUGCUGUGCAGGUGAAUGGUGACAAAUGCUGUCCGCAGUGGGAAUGUCCAUGUCGAUGUUCCAUUCUCGCUAAUCUACACAUAAUUACAUUCGACGGAAGUGGCUUUGGCCUUUCUGGAGCUGCUUCGUACAUUAUUGCUUCACUGGCAAAUGAAACCAUUAUUGUAGGGAUCAGCAAAUGUCUCAGCAGCCAGAUGCUGAGCAUUAAUUCAAGGUUUGGCUACACUCCAUUCCGAAGGUUUGACUUUGAAAUCAUUGAUACUGGGAGUAUGUACACAAUCGUGACUCCAGCUGGUAUACGCAUACAAUGGUUUCACAAUACAGGGAUUAUGGUUAUUGACACAGGCACACCCAAUAAAAAUCUAGCUACUAUGGGGCUCUGCGGUUACUGUGAUGGAAACCCAAUAAAUGACCUAACCUUGAAAAAUGGCACAGUUCUUCAAAACGAUGACGAUCCAUUGACCUUCAUUCAAGACUGGACAGUGGCCAGCACAGAGACAGGAAUGAUGAUGAGUCGACGUCAAGAGGUUAACUGUUCUACAAGCAACUGCUCUGAAUGCUUCAGAAUGCUCCAAAGUGAGACGUUUUCCCUCUGUCAUGCACAAGUUUCUCCAGAAAUGUUUUGUGAGCUCUGGAUCCGUGAUUCAUUGUUUGUGAAGAACCAUUGUUCUGCUCUGGCUGCGUAUGUGGCUCUCUGUAAUAAAUUUAACAUUUGCUUAGAGUGGAGGAAACCAGACUAUUGCUCCUUUACAUGUCCUGCUAACAUGAUGUACCAGGCUUGUGUACUCAUGUGUGAAGCGAAGACCUGCCAAAACAGAAUUUUCUUUCCAUCUGAGGAUGCAUCAUGCUCUAUCCUGAGUGAAGGAUGUGUUUGCCCAGAAGGAACCAUUCUCCAUCGUCUAGACUCCACCUUGUGUAUACCCGAGGAGAAGUGUGCUUGCACUGAUAGUUGGGGAUUACCGCAUGCUGCUGGUGAGAUGUGGGAUGCCUCACUGGAUGGAUGCUGCAUGUACCAGUGCCUGGAGAAUGGGACAAUUAUUACAGUUGAUCACAAUUGUUCUUCUGUCCCUGAUCCCAUCUGUCACCGCUCUGGGGAAAUAGUGGUUAGUCUAGCUGGUGAUAAGAGCUGCUGCCCCAAAAAGAUAUGUGCUUGCAAUCAAACAGUCUGUGAAAGUUUUGCUCCUCAGUGUAAUUAUGGAGAAAGGCUCAUCACCCUUUACAAACCAAACUUCUGCUGUCCUGAUUUCUAUUGUGAAUGUGAUCCAAGCAAGUGCGAGUCUGACAUUCCAACUUGUCUAGAGGACCAAACUUUAAUUGUUACCCAUGCCGAUGGAAGUUGUUGCUUAGCGUACAUCUGUAUGUGUGGUGCUUGUGCUGACAAAAUUCCCACCUGCCAGAAAGGAGAAAUCCUUAUUGUAAACAACAAUACCACUGAGAUGUGUUGCCCAGCCUACCAAUGUGUUUGCGAAACAAAUCGUUGUCCAAAGUUUCAAUGUCCUUCAGGAAUGAAAGUAUCUGAGGCUUGGAGUCCAGAUCAGUGUUGUCCAAUUCAUUUGUGUGAAUGUGCUUGUGAUUCAGUUCUGAAACCUCAGUGCAAAUUGGGAGAAGUGUUAGUUACAGAACAGCAACGUGGAAAUAUCACAGCCAAUCCAUGUCGAUGUCCGGAUUACAAAUGUGUGAAUGACCAUGUCUGUGUCGCUGGGGAAAGGGGUUUAUUACACCCCGGACAGACCAUUGUGGAGCAUACAGCAGAUGGAGUGUGCUACGCUGCACAUUGUACCUAUAAUCUGGACAACAACACAGGCUUUUACCAACUCCUUGUUAGAAUGGUCAACUGCUCAGCUCGAUGUGAAAUGAACCAGGUUUAUAUUCCUCCUUCUGACCUGACAACUUGCUGUGGUCAUUGCAAGAAUGUAUCCUGUCUGGCCAACUUUGAGAACAGAACAACUACCAUGCUCAAGUCAGGAACAUCUUGGAUGUCCAACUGUGUCAAGCAUAACUGCAUGGACACAGUUUUGGGACCUGUCUUGAUCACCUCAAAUAUUAGCUGUCCUCCUUUCAAUGAAUCUGCAUGCUUAAAGACUGGAGGAUCAGUUAUAGUUUACAUGGAUGGUUGCUGUAAAAGCUGUAAAGAAGAUGUGAAAUCAUGUCAGAAGGUGGUUGUGCGAAUGACCAUACGAAAGAAUGACUGCAGAAGUAAUAGGCCUGUGAACAUAGUCUCAUGUGAUGGAAAAUGCCCCUCCGCCAGUAUUUACAAUUAUAGCAUGAACACACAUACUAGAUUUUGUAAAUGCUGCCGGGAAAUUGGCCUACAAAAACGUACAGUGCAGCUUUACUGUAGCAGCAACUCUACUUGGGUCAGUUACUCCAUCCAAGAACCAACAGACUGUUCGUGCCAGUGGUCCUAG